AAGUCCAAAAUGUCCAAUGAAAGCUUCGUUACUGAAUUCCUGCUCUUAGGUUUCUCUGAGGUUCGAGAGGUACAACUCGUACAGUUUGCGGUCUUUCUGCUGAUUUAUCUGGCAGCACUCAUUGGGAAUAUUCUCAUCAUCACAGCUGUAGCUACCGAUUCUGGUCUCCACAGUCCCAUGUAUUUCUUCCUGGCAAAUUUGUCCCUCAUGGACCUGGGUUUCAUCUCAGUAACUACACUCAAAGCCAUGGCUAACUGUUUAAUGAACAGCAGAUUGAUAUCUCAUUCCGAAUGCAUUAUCCAGGUCUUCUUCCUCUUCUUCUUCAUGGCAUCAGACUACUUCCUCCUCACGGUCAUGGCUUAUGACCGAUAUGUUGCCAUAUGUGAUCCACUGCAUUAUGAAAUAGUGGUGAAUAAGGAAGUAGCCAUCCAAAUGGCAGCCAUCACGUGGAUCAGUGGUCUUUUUUAUGCAUGCGUGCACACUGGAGCCACCUUCACAGUUCCUUUCUGCUCCAACAUCAUCAAUCAGUUCUUCUGUGAGAUCCCCCAACUACUCAAGCUCUCCUGCUCAGAUUUGUACCUUAUAGAAGUUGCGGUACUUGGUUUUAGUGCAUGUUUAGGACUGGGCUGUUUUGGUUUUAUAGUUGUAUCUUAUGUGGAAAUCUUCAAAACGGUGUUCAGAAUCCCCUCUGUGCAGGGCAGAGAGAAAGCCUUCUCCACUUGCAUCCCUCAUCUCAUUGUGGUCUCCUUGUUUCUUUUCACUGGUACCUUUGCCAACCUAAAUCCAACAUCCAGCUCUUUGGUGGGUCUGGACCGGGUAAUUACUAUGUCUUACUGUAUUCUCCCCCCAGUGAUGAAUCCCAUAAUUUAUAGCAUAAGGAACAGGGAGAUCAAAGCAGUGCUGUGGAAACUCUAUUAUAAGUCCUGGAGAGAGUCCAUCAACCAAAAAUGA